AUGGCUUUUCUUCGAAGUAGAAUCCACGAUGUGAUUACCAAGCUUUCGACUGAGACAAGUGUUGAGGUUGAUUUAGAGUUGACUGAGACGAGUGUUGAGGUUGAUUUAGAGUCGAUAGAUGUGGCAGGAGCUCAUAACAUGGACUCUUCUACUUCUCAAGUCACACUCCAUACCAUCGUAAUAUUUCUGCUUGAUGUAAAACUGUUUGGACAAUGGUUCACAACUGAAAAGAGGUUUCUGUCAGUUGUAGUAAACCCAGUUAACCUGGUUUCUGUUAUAGGAAACUUGGUGGCUGCUCAAAUUGCGACAGAAAUCGGUUGGAACGAGUUUGCAAUUUCAAUGUUUUCAUUAGGAAUGGUACAUUAUUUGAUUCUAUUUGUGACGCUGUAUCAGCGUCUAACAAGUAGUAAUCAGUUUCCUAUAGUGUUAAGGCCAGCUUAUUUCUUGUAUUUUGCUGUACCAAGCAUGGCAAGUCUAGCUUGGAAAUCCAUCUCAGGUGCUUUUCUUGUCUCAUCAAAGAUGCUGUUCUUUCUCUCUUUGUUCCUUUUCAUUUCUCAGGCUUGCAGGCCAGCGAUGUUCAAGAAAACUAUGAAAAGGUUAAAUGUUACAUGGUGGAUCUACUCAUUCCCUUUAACAUUCCUCGGUCUAGCUUGUGCUGAAUAUGCUCAUGAGGUGAAAAGUCUCAUGGCCUCUGGUUUAAUGCUGCUGAUAUGUAUUGUGUCUGUGCUGGUUUUUGUUUUUCUGAUGCUAACCACUGUACUCAAAAUUGAGAGUCUGCUGAAUAAAAAAGCUCCUAAUAAAUGA